AGGUUCAGCAGCGUUUUCCCCAGCCUGAGCAUGGCAGUGAAGCGCCGGGAGCAGACGCUGCAGGAGUACAAACGCCUCCAGUCCCGGCUGGAGAAAUACGAGGAGAAAGAGAAAACGGGGCCGGUCCUGGCCAAGCUGCACCAGGCCCGGGAGGAGCUGCGCCCCGUCAAGGAGGAUUUUGAAGCCAAGAACAAGCAGCUGCUGGAGGAGAUGCCCAAGUUCUACAGCAGCCGCAUCGACUACUUCAAACCCAGCUUCGAGUCGCUGGUGCGGGCACAGGUGAGGCCCUGUCCCCUCCUGCUGCCCGUCUGCUGUCCUGUCCUGCCUGUGUUUAUCCAUGGCUUUGUCCACCUGCAAUGCCCUCUCCUUGGAUCUGGAGUCCUGAGCUCAGGGCGUGGGUAGGUCUGAGGUGUUCGGGCUCAUCUGAAGGGUCUGAGUGUAGAAGAGCUCCUGGGACAUCUCCACACCAAAGGUUUUCAGGAAGAGGUGCCCUGAAUAACCGACAGCUUUCCUUUCCAUCCUCCUCCUCCCCCCUGCCUUCCCCAUCCCCUUAGGCCGCAGAGGGGCAGGGUUGGGAUCUCACCAACUUUGAGAAUGCCUGGCACCCCGUGCCAGGGUGACCCCGCACUGGGAGGAGAGCGGAACCGGGCACUGCCCACG